AUGCACAUUUGCAAGCUUAGUUACCAUACCAAGUUACGAUCAAGUUCAUCCAAUAAAAAAAGUUACGAUCAAGCUCACGGUGUGUUACAUUGCGUGUAGAAGCUUGUCGGAUUCCGACAACACUCCAAUUGAUUCAGAAACUUGGUAGUACCAUUCAUGGAGCACCGUACAGUAAUAAUCCUUUGGAUUUCAAUCAUCCUUGUUCUAAUCCAGAAUCCAAGCAAUGUACAAGGAAGAUAUCACUACCAUAAAAAGAGCAGUAAAGGGUCACAAUCCCCUACUCCAUCCCCUGAAUCCCCUCAAUCUCCAGAGCCGGUUGCUCCCCCAAGUACUCCGGUAGCUCCUUCAACUCCGGUGGUUCCUUCUACACCAAGCAUUCCUCCGAAUGUUCCGUCGGACCCUUACCCGGGGGACGACCCCACAGAUUGUAUAUUCAACGUCAUGUCGUACGGAGCCGUCGGAGAUGGUGAUGCUGAUGACACCAAGGCGUUCAGGGAUGCUUGGAAGGCUGCAUGCGCGGUUGAAUCCGCUGUCGUUUUGGCUCCGGCGGAUUACUGCUUCAAGAUCACUUCAACUAUUUUUUCAGGUCCUUGCAAGCCUGGACUAGUAUUCCAAGUCGAUGGGAUUUUGAUGACACCAGACGGGCCAAAGGCUUGGCCAAAAGUAGACAGCAAUAAGCAAUGGCUUGUAUUUUAUCGACUUGACCAAAUGACGUUCACUGGAAGUGGAACCAUCGAAGGGAAUGGCCAAAAAUGGUGGGAUCUGCCUUGCAAGCCUCACAGGGGUCCCAAUGGAUCCACAGCAUCAGGACCAUGUGAUAGCCCUGCUUUGAUUCGAUUCUUCAUGAGCUCAAAUCUGGUGGUGAAAGGGUUAAGAAUCCAAAACAGCCCUAUGUUCCACAUGAAAUUCGACGGCUGCGAAGGAGUCCAUAUCGAAAGGCUGUCGAUUUCGUCCCCGAAACUUAGCCCUAACACAGAUGGAAUCCACAUAGAGAACACAAAAUCUGUAGGAAUUUAUGACUCGAUGAUAAGCAAUGGGGAUGACUGCAUUUCAAUAGGUCCAGGAUGUGCCAACGUUGAUAUAAUGGGUGUCACUUGCGGUCCAAGUCACGGAAUUAGCAUUGGGAGCCUUGGUGUCCACAACUCGCAGGCAUGUGUUUCAAACAUCACAGUCCGCAAUGUCGUCAUAAGGGAAUCGGAUAACGGCCUCCGAAUCAAGACAUGGCAAGGCGGAACGGGCUGCGUCUCGGGAAUACUUUUCGAAAACAUCAACAUGGAGAAUGUGAUGAACUGCUUGCUCGUCGACCAGUACUACUGCACCUCCAAGGGUUGCUUGAACCAAACCUCGGCCGUCUACGUCACCGACCUGACCUAUCGAAUGAUCAAGGGCACAUAUGAUGUGAGAAAGCCUCCAAUUCACUUUGCUUGCAGCGACACUGUGGCUUGCACCAACAUUACACUCUCAGAAGUUGAGCUUUACCCAUAUGAAGGUGAGCUAAUGGAUGACCCUUUUUGUUGGAAUGCCUAUGGGACUCAAGAGACUCCAACUAUUCCCCCUAUUGAGUGCUUACAAGAUGGUCAGCCUGAGGCUUUGGCAGAGGUGGCUCAGUAUACUUGCUAGGAUAUAAGUUAUUAGCUAGCUAGUAAUAUCAUUUACUUUGGAUUGGUUUGGUUUUCACUGGUAUAGUAGUAGAAAUAUUAUUACUGUAUAGAGUCAACUAGAGCCAUUGUGAUCUGUUACAUGGUGAUAGAUCUUGAUUAUUACCUAGGCUCCAUCCCUAUUAGGGGAUUCCCCCUUAUUGUGUGAUGCGAUUUAUAUGAAGUGGGUGUUGUUUUGGGUUGUUUCUAUUUACAUGUGAUUAGUU